CUAUCGAUAUCACAUUCAAGUAAAACGUAAACAAAACAAAUUGAGUACGAAGGAGAAUUUUAAUUUAAAAAUUAAUUAAUUUUGGUCCAAAAAUGAACUGCGUUGUGAUAAAUUGCAAAAAUGCCACACGGGGCUCUGAAAGAAAUCAUGAUAUGUAUUUCUUCAAGUUUCCGAAGAACGCCGAUUUAGCCAAACGUUGGCUAUCAUUUUGCGGCAAUAAACAUGCCCUAGGAAUGAAGAAUGCCUGUAUAUGCAUCAAACAUUUCAAAGACGAGGAUAUCGUGGGGCUUGAAAAGUUCAAAUCAGGAUGGACAAGGCAUGUUUCAUUGAGCCUCAACGCUGUGCCGUGCAUACACGUGAAAAGUACGUCGGAAACGGCCCAAAAUUUGGAGGAAACGGAAUUUGAGGAAUUUCAGACAAUACCAAAUAACGCGGAUGAAGCUGAUGAAGGAAAUCUGACGCAGUUCAAUAAGUGCCGUACUUGCUAUCGGGACUAUAAGUUUGAUUUGGAUGAAGAAGAUCCAUUCGCAGAGGCCAACAGCAUGUUGCUGUUUCGCAUCGAAGUCAUUUGCGGAGUCUGGCUUAGCAAGAUCAAAGGUGGACCACGUUACAUGUGCCCGGAUUGUCAGUUGUCCCUAAAGAAUGCGAUCGAGUUUCGUGAGAAGGUCAUAAGCACGGAGGUGAUGCUAACACAGGGGAGGCCCGUGUGUGAUAAACCAGCAGUCGAAGUAGAGUCGGUAGCAACAGAGACAGGUGAAGGGACAUCAGCACCUGAGUUGACAUCAGAAUUGGUAUCGAUUAAUAUAGAAGAAGUCGACGAAGAAUAUACACAGUAUGAACACAUUUAUGAUGUACCAUCUAGCCCUAUCCAUAGCCCUAGCUCUAAUAAGAUGGAUCAUAUAGAAAUAUUAGAGACCAUUGAGGAAAAUAUCGACGUUGCUAAUGCAGAUUCAUUCAGCGUUGCCUGUGGGACGAAAAUCCUCAACGAAAUGAUAAAUGAUAAUGACAAACACGAAAGGACAAAGAAUGAAACAAAAGCAAAGAAACCAACCAAGGAACGCGCCAAGCCAAGGAAAAUGAAAAUUAAAGCAAGACGCCAAGACGAUGACGAGGAUGAUUCUGAAUUUAUAAUCUUCGGCGCGUUUGACAAGAAAAUGAAGUUGAGUGCAACAAAAUUCCCAAAACGUACCUCAUUUAAAAGGAGAGUUAGGGGUAGACGAGUAGAGAAUAAGUAGAGAAGAUCUAAGUCGCUUUCAAAUCUUCAUAUUAUUAUUAUUAUUAUAUAAUGAUAAAAUAGUUCUCAUAUUAUUAUUAUUAUUAUAUAAAGCUAAUAAAUAGUUAAAACUAGGUAUUAACAGGGUAUGGGGCUAUAGCUGCUGAGGCCUUAAGCUCACUAUAGUAUUAUUAUACGUUUGAGGAUGUAUGUACUUAUAUACAUAUGUACAGGGUUGGUUCUAUACGUUAUUUUUGUGGAGGAGUUAUUAUCUAAAAUACUAAUUGUGUAUAUGUAUAUGUACAGGGAUGAUUGUUUAUGAGGUUAUAUGUAGUGAAUGAUUUUAGAUUGGUCUAGAUAGUUGAGGAUUAUUUUUGCGUUUUUGGUGUUAGGGUUGGAGAUGUAUUGCAU